GUUGACAUUUGACAUUUUCGUAUGUCUUCUUUCUGUUUGUGUUCGUAUUCAAAAGUAAAGCUUUAGUUAUUUAAAACUUGUCUACAAUUAAGAAGUCGACUGAAAACUAAUAAUAAAGAUGUCCGCUUUCGUUGGGAAAAUGGCAUAAUUUAUUUUAAAGCAAUUUAUUCACUACGACACAACUAAACUGCACUCGGACAUAACCUUACUAUUACUUAUUUUAUACGAUUUUGAAUAAAAAUGGAGGUUGGUGCAGUUAAACAGGCGUUCAAUAAUGAGAUUAUUCUAAUGAAAAGAAAUUUAAACCAAGCAAAAAUACAAAUUAUACACAAGCUGACACGGAAAGCGAAAACAUUAGCAGAAAAGAAGGCACCUGAAAAUUUAAAAGAAAAAUUGAAAAAGAAAGCAGAGUCAGCUGUUAAAGAAGUUCUAAUUAUUAAGAAAAUAAAAGCAAAAGAUAUUGCAAAAUUCAUAGUCACAUACAAUGGAGAGCUUGCAAAGUAUUUAAAUAAACCAGAAGUAGAUCAUAAUAAAGCAUGUGCUAGGUUAUUAUUGCACAAAAGUAUGCAAAAUAAACAUAAGUCCAUAAGAGAUACAUUCGGUAAUACUGCAAUAAAUGAUCUAUUCAUGUCAAGAUUGGAAAGGAGAAAGUUAAAGAAGGAAGCGAGAGAGAAACAACAAAAUAAGAAGAAAGCAAAAGAGGCAAAGAAGUUAGUGAACAUUGAAGGUGAUUGGGAUGUAGAAGAUAUAGGGAACAAAGGCACUACAGUUAAAAAGGUACAGGAUAAUGGAUCAGACAGAAAAGAUACACCAGACAGUGAUGAUGGUAAAGAAAGUGAUGAGGGGUCAGAAAUUGAUGAACAACAAAGUGAUAUGGUGAAUGCUGCACACAACAGUGAUGAUGAAUCAAGUAGUGAUGAACCAGAUAAUGAUUUAGAUAGUGAUGAAGAAGCAUUAAUUGAUUCUGAACAAUCUGGCAGUGAUAUCAACAAAUCUCAAAUUGUCAGUGACUCGGAUAAUUCAGAUACAGAAGUUAAAGAAAGUAAACUAAAAAGAAAAGGUUUACAAAAGAAAGAAAUUGAAGACAAUUCAAAUAAAAGUUCAAAAUUGCCGAAAGAAGUGAAUAAAAAGAAAAAAGACGUUAAUAAGAAUAAAAAUUUCAAUGAAAAGAUACUUAAAAGGAAAUUCAAUAAAGAUAUUGAAGAACAACCAGCGGAAGAUAUAAAAAUGGUUGAUCCUUUCUUUAUAACAACAACAGGAGAAAGUUACAUGUCUGUUGUUGAACCAAGACAACCAGAUGAAGUGAAAGAGGUACAUCAAGAAGGAAAUAGAAAAUACAGAAGAGCUGUUAUGUUUGGACAUGUACAGAAACCUAGGAGAAAUGAAUUUAAACAGGACAAUAGAAGAUUCAAAGAUUUAUCAAAUGCAAAUGAUCGAUUUAGUGAAAAUAAUAAAAAGAAAUUUACUAAUGAAAAUAAAAAAGAAGGUGAAACAAUCGAAAAAUUACAUCCCUCGUGGGAAGCAAAGAAGAAAAAAUCAGGUAUUUUACCUUUUGAAGGUAAAAAAAUUGUUUUUGAUGACUAAGAAUAAUUAUGGUAAUAAAAUUGUUUUAACAAAUUUAAA